AUGAGCGCAAUCCCCAAUAUCGACUUCCAGGCCUGGUUUCAGAACGAUCAGUCUCAAAAGCUUGAUUUGGUCGAUAAACUCCGCCGAGCUUGCGAGACACAUGGCUUCUUCCAGUUGACGAAUCACGGAAUCCCUCAAGCCCUCCUUGAUGCGGCUUUGGUUCAGAGCAAAGCGUUUUUCGACCUCCCCAUCGAGAUCAAGGAGAAGUACGACAAGAAUAUUGGCAGAUAUAACCGUGGUUACGAGCGCUUCAGGGCUCAGAACUUUGAGAAGCGAACUGAAGGCGACUUGAAAGAAGGAUAUUACUUUGGCCUGGAUAUUCCAGAGCACCACCCCGCUGUCGUGGCCAAGAGUUUCAAUCUAGGUCCGAACAAGUACCCAGAGGAUGUAGAGGAUGCCGCUGGAUUUCGGGCCAUAGUGGACAGCUACAUCGAUGCUAUGCUGGAGCUUGCCAAAAAUAUUGUCCGCGCCAUCAGUAUGACCCUUGGUUUGCCUGACGACUGGGUGUCGGACUUCUUCGAAACCCCAAUAUCGACACUGCGGUUGCUACAUUAUCCGCCCCAGGCCUCUGAUGCGUCGGAGUAUGAGAGAGGCAUUGGUGCCCACACGGACUUUGGCGCUAUUACUAUCCUGCUCCAAGACAUGGUUGGUGGCCUACAAGUCUGGGACCGUCAAAACGCUCGCUGGGCGGACGUGGUCCCGGAACGGGGGGCGCUUGUCGUGAACCUAGGCAAUAUGAUGAUGCGCUGGACCAAUGACGCUUAUCUCUCCAACCUCCAUCGAGUCAUCAACAAGACGGGCCAGGAGCGUUAUAGCAUUCCUUUCUUCUUCUCUGGGAACCCCGAUUUCCUUGUGCAAUGUCUGGAAGGGAAGACGAAAGCCAAAUACCCGCCUAUCAAGGUAGGUGAUUGGAUCGCUGGACGAUACGCAGACACAUAUGGAGAUGGGAAGGUCGAGACUGCACAGGAUUUGUCUGUGGAGCUAGAUGCAGGAUUGUUGUAA